UUAGCCGAACCAGUUGGCGGAAGCAUAUGCAUAAAGGUUACUAGGUUACAAUUUUCAACGACAACUGUUUAUUUAUUAUACUGCUUCAAAUACCUUCGACGAAAUCAAAUGUAACCAUAUCAACGUAAGUAAUAACAUAAACAAAUCCAAACUUUUCGUCUUGCCAUUCCUCAUACGUCUUUUCUAAAUAGUGUAAAUUACGAGCCACCUGUUAACUCCACCAUCUUGCGUACAGCAGAAGAAAAGAUGAGACAUACACAAACACAGCCCGUUUGUUUACCAGCUCUCGCGUAGUAUUUUUCCCAUUUCGCUUCGCAUUGCGUUCUGUUUUGGAUGGGGUGAGUAGAAACGUCAAAACAUAGAACGUCCACCUGGCCGCAAUUCAGUGCUGUCGUUGGAUUUCGGCAUUCUACGCGUAUUAAGAGAGGACAUUUUCUAUCCUUAAUUGCACUACGAACCAGAUGGAUUUUUCGAAAAAGUUAACUACUACACCGCAGUGAUUCGGUGCUCAUCUUUGUCUGCUUAAGUCCGUUAACAUAAGAGUUCUCGUCCCUUCCGGCUCUGCUCAGCACAGAAACAGAAAAUUUGUGUCGGAUAUGUCGGAUCACGGUUGUGUUCAUUUCUCUGCUUUCGUGAAGGAGUUUGGCCUGGAAUCGUUCACGGUGGUGCACGCAUAUUUUAGCGUUUGUAUCAACAAGGAAUCCAGGCGGCGAAAGGCUUUAUCCUGUCUGUGUUAUAAGUGUGGCAGUUCCGGUCCCCAGUUAUAUUCCUGCCUCCAUUGUAUCUACUUCGGCUGCAAAGGAGCCCACAUCAGUGACCAUUGUAAGCAAACCAAGCAUUACAUCGUCCUGGAGCUGUGUUAUGGAAUGAUAUACUGCUAUCAGUGCAGGGAUUUCAUUUACGAUAGCGAAUGUCAAGUGGUUGCUGAGAAGCAUAUCAAGAAGGAAGCGAAAAACUUGAAUAAGAGUUUGUCGUGGAGGCCGUGGUCACCCUCGAAGCUGGAGAUUGAUUUGUUGUUGAAAAACCCCAAACGCCGGCAUGUGACCGCCUUGACCAGUAUUGGUCUGAGAGGCUUGCUGAAUCUGGGUUCAACAUGCUUCAUGAACUGUAUCGUACAGGCAUUAAUCCACACGCCUCUGUUGAGAGAUUAUUUUCUCGCAGAAAGACACGAAUGUACCGCAAAAACCGCUGCCAAAUGCCUCGUUUGUGAAGUGUCACGUCUUUUCCAGGAGUUUUACUCGGGAGCUCGAGGGCCCCUCUCGUUGCACAGAUUACUGCAUUUGAUCUGGAACCACGCUCGUCAUUUGGCAGGCUAUGAGCAGCAAGAUGCGCAUGAGUUCUUUAUUGCCACGUUGGAUGUCCUUCAUCGUCAUUGUAAAAUAUCGAUGAAUGAAAUAGCCGCCGCUGCGGCGGAGAAAUCGAAGCAUUCUCAGCAGCAGCAGCAACAGCAACAGGACAAUAAUCCAACUCAAUGUAACUGUAUUAUUGAUCAAAUUUUCACCGGAGGCCUCCAAAGUGACGUUGUAUGUCAAUCGUGUAACGGUGUUUCUACGACAAUCGAUCCAUUCUGGGAUAUCUCCCUGGAUUUGGGCGAGGCCCAAAAUCAGGGCUAUGGGGGCCCUCCAAAAUCACUGAUUGAUUGCUUGGAACGCUUUACCCGGGCCGAGCAUCUGGGGUCAAGCGCUAAAAUCAAAUGCUCCAGUUGCAAGACUUACCAGGAAUCCACUAAACAGCUGUCCAUGCGUACACUGCCAAUAGUCGCCAGCUUCCACCUGAAGCGUUUCGAACAUUCUAGUCUGAUUGACAAAAAGAUCUCAACCUUCAUCUCAUUCCCUGCGGAGCUUGACAUGACCCCGUUCAUGUCGAAAAAGAAGUCUGAUCAGCCGAACCCAUCAUCUACCUCGUCCCCUUCGAAGUCUUCCAAGUCUUCGGAUCGCAAACACAGUGGCAGCAGCAGUCAGAGCAACGAAGGGGAACCUAGCGUUCGGCAGCCGCACGAUACGGGCGAUUUCCGAUACUCAUUGUAUGCUGUUAUCAACCACGUGGGGACGCUGGACGCGGGGCACUACACGGCCUACGUCCGACAUCAGAAGGACAUUUGGGUCAAAUGCGAUGACCACAUAAUCACCACUGCCACCCUGAAGCAGGUGCUGGAUAGUGAAGGCUAUCUUCUUUUUUAUCACAAAAAGAUACUGGAGUAUGAAUGAAUAAGGAUAGGAUGAAUGCAUGUACCUAGACUUUGCAUCGAGAAGAUGAAUAUAAAAUGUAUGAUUCGUACGUUUAAGCUCGGAACCCACUUGUGUUUGAAUAGAAGAGUCCCGCUCAAUGUGCCAGAAGCUGGAAUUCAGAGAACAUAUUCGAUAGCCUUUUGUGGGGUAAUUCUAUGACCUUUUCGUUGAAGAUCACUCAUCCAUUGUGCGGUCUAUUGGUCCACCAUGGACGGAGGAAGGACAGAUAUUUUUUUAAACGCCGUCUAGGGCAGCGGUCCUCAACCUUUUUUUCAUAGGGGCCACAAACACAUGUUAGUCAUGGUGUCGCGGGCCGCAAAAAAAUAAAUCAAGAAGGGUGAUGUCCAAGUGUCCAAGAUACGAC